UUCUCACAAACUCACUAACAUUCCAUUUUUUUUUUCCAUCCUUAGCAUUAUUCAACUAUGGAAUUGUGAUUAUGACCAUUGACCUUUCCCUUUACCAUGCAUAUAAAUGUGUGUAUUCAUAUCAGUUUCACAUAAUUUCAUUUUAUUUAUGUAUGCAUAAUAUAAGUCUCAUAGAACUUUAAUUCUUAAUAUUACUUUAAUAGAGUGGAACCACCAAUAUGAAUUUUUAUGCUCAAACUUCGAGCUCAGUUCCAAAUCUUUUGCUUUGGGUUACUGUAAUAGUCUCACUUCUCCUACUCCAAUGUCUGGCCAAUAGGUCCCAAACUACAAGUGUUGGUGUGGUCAUUGAUGUUAAUUCUGAAACCGGGAAACAACAGAGAACAGCAAUGCAAAUUGCAGCUCAAAGUUUCAAUAAUUAUUCCCACAAUCAUAACAUAAUCCUACUCUUCCGUGACUCUGGUAGAAACCCUUUACAUGCAGCUUCAACUGCUGAAGAAUUAAUUACUAAAGAGAAAGUUAAAGUCAUUAUUGGCACGGAAACAUGGCAGGAAGCGUCUAUUAUGGCUGAUGUCGGAGCCAUGUUUCAAGUACCAACAAUUUCAUUUUCCUCUUCAUUAGUCCCUUCAUCAUUAAUGCAACUUCGUUGGCCAUUCUUGAUUCAAAUGGCUCAAAAUCAAACUGCACAAAUGAAAUUCAUAUCUGAUAUAAUCCAUGCUUUCAACUCUCAAAAGGUUAUAGCUAUAUAUGAAGACAACCCUUAUAAUAGUGAUUCUGGAAGGUUAAGCCUCUUAUCCGAGGCUCUCCAAAAGGUUAACUCCCAGAUUGAGUAUCAGUUAGUUCUUCCUUCAUUCACUUCUUUGUCUGAUCCAAAAGGGUUUGUUCUUGAUGAAUUGUUGAAGUUGUUGCCGCUAAAAUCUCGUGUUUUUAUUGUACUUCAAGCAUCGUUAGCUAUGGUGAAUCAUUUGUUUAGAGAAGCUAAGAAAAUUGGAUUAUUGGAGAAAGAAUCAACUUGGAUAAUCAAUGAAGAGAUUACAAGCAUGUUAGAGUAUGUCGAUAAAUCUGUUUUAUCUUCCAUGGAAGGUGUUAGGGGAAUCGAACUCAACUAUUCUAUAAGUUCCAGUGCUUAUGCUCAGUUGCAGGAAAGUUUUCAAGCUGAGAACACAAAAACAGUCGAGUCCAAACCAGGAUUAAAUGCUUUGCUAGCUUAUGAUAGCAUUACAAUUGUUACAAAGGCUUUGGAGAAAAUGAAUAGUAAUUCAAGUAGCUCAAAGAUGUUAUUGGAGGAAAUGUUAUCUUCAAAUUUCAAUGGCUUAAUCGGCGAUAUAAAAUUCAAAGAAGGAAAACUAUCCUACACUCCAAUACUAAGAGUCAUAAAAGUGAUUAAUAAUGAUAAGAAACAUAUUGAACUGAACUCUUGGACACCAAAGUUGAAGGUGUCUAGAUCUCUUAGAGAGAAAGCAAGUGAUGAUACUACAGAAACCAAGACAUGGAAAGUGCCUACUGAUAUAAAUCCUUUAAAAGUUGCAAUUCCAACGAAUCCAUCAUAUGAUAACUUUUUGAAAGUCUCUAAGAAUCAACCUCCUACCGGAUUUUGUAUCGAUCUUUUUAAAGAGAUCAGAGAAAUUCUGAGUGACCAGUAUUCUGGUCUUCCCUAUAAAUUUUACCCUCUCAAUGAAUCUUAUGAUACAAUUCUGUUUAAAGUCAUGGAUAAGACCUAUGAUGCUAUUGGAGCAGAUGUAACAAUACUUGCCGAACGAUCCAGGAAUGUAUCAUUCACUCAACCAUAUACUGAGUCAGGUUUAUCACUUAUAUUUCCGGCAGAAACUGAAGAUUCAGCAUGGUUGAUUAUGAAACCAUUUAGCUGGGAAAUAUGGAUUGCAACUAUUGGUAUCCUCAUCUACACAAUGAUUAUAAUCUGGUUCUUGGAACAUCACUUGAAUCCUGAAUUUGGCGGACCAUUGAAAACUCAGAUCAGCACCACUAUGUGGUUUGCUUUUUCUUCUCUAUUUUUUGCUCAUAAGGAGAAAAUAAACAGCAACACAGCAAGAGUAGUAGUUGGAGUAUGGUUAUUUCUUGUGUUUGUUCUAACCUCAAGCUACACCGCAAGUCUUUCAUCAUUGCUUACUGUCCAAAAAUUGAGGUCUGAUAGAGAUGUUGAAUGGCUUAAACAAAAUAAUCUAUCAGUUGGUUGUAAUAACAGAAGUACCUUUGCAAAGGACUACUUGGUCCAAGUAUACAAUUUCCCUCGGCACCAAGUUGUAGAUAUUCAGGAUGAACAUGACGUUGUGGAUAAAUUCAAGAACAAAAAAAUUUCUGCUUACAUUGUUGAGAGUCCAUAUGCGAAGAUUUUCUUAAAUAAGUACUGCAAAGGUUACACUGCAACUACAGCAGCCUAUAAAUUUGGAGGACUGGGAUUUGUAUUUCAAAAAGGGGAUCCAAUGGCAAAAGACUUUUCUGUAGCAAUUUUAACACUAGCAGAAAAUGGGAAACUAAAAGCUUUGGAAGAUAUUUGGCUAACACCUAAGGAAUGCUCAAUGAACUCAACAUCUUCAGAAACUGAGAGCCUUACCCUUGACAAAUUUUGGGGACUCUAUUUCAUAUGUGCUACCACUUCCACAAUCUGCUUAUUACUAGCUUUAUUACAGAAGUACUUCUAUAACCAUAACAACUGCGAAGAGCAAGCUCAUCAACUUUCUCAGGGAAAUGUAAUCACAGAACCUAAUGUUGAUAAUAAUCACCAACUUACUCAAGGAAAUGUAAUCACCGAAUCUAAUGUUGAUAACAAUCAUCAGCUUCCUCAAGGAAACGUAAUCUCCGAAUCUGAUGAUGAUAAUAACAAAGAUUUGACAGGAGCAUUUAGAAAUGGUACAGGCCUAUACAUUGGAAAUCUCAUGCCUUUAAAUAAUGCAGCAACUUAUGGUGGAAGUGUAAUACAAGGUGUACGUCGUCGAAAUUCACCAAGGUUGGAGAGUGUAAGCAUUUCUGAUGAACCGGGCAAUCCACAAAGCUUACAAUCAGCUGAUAUAGAAAUGAUGUAAUGUCAUAAACUCACAUACAUUGUAGUAGUAGCACUAAUUUUUUCAUAAAACCUGGUAUCACACAACUUUUAAGCAUUAACAAUAAAGCCUUUUUCAGCUGAAAUAUUAAGCUUUAACUUUAUAUAUUAGCAUGUAUAAUGUAUUGAAUAUGAAAUAGCAACUAGCUAGCAAGUGC